AUGGCCAUUGCGCAAAGGUUCUUUAUCGGUAUGUGCAACGAGGCCAGCACGCACUGGACGUUGACUGCAAUUGUUCUCUUGGGGUCUCUAUUGGGGAUUGUGUCAUCAUAUCCGAUUCCAAGCAGGACUAAUGUAACUUUAUUGGAGCAAAGGUGGGAGACCCUCUUUUCCCGCUCCGUUCUCGGCAUCUCUGGUGCGAAAUCGGACAUGAACUGGGAGAAUGACUAUUUGCUGGGCAUCAAGAGAGUGCGGCGACUUUACUGCAACGUGGGCAUUGGAUUUCACCUGCAGAUCCUCCCUGACGGCAGGAUAAACGGUGUACAUAAUGAGAACCAGUACAGUGAGUCGCAUCCUGAAAUGUAAUUCAAUAGAGAACGUAUAGUAUGAGCGGUCCCAAGUAAAGGCGACUUGAGAGCUCCUUGUCAGUCUUGCAUGAUAUUUAAUCAUUGGGGUCGGCAACAUUGAAUGUCUCUUAAAGCAAAGAGAAAUCUAUUAAAAAACCUUGUAUCAGUCAGUGCUAAAUAUCUUCCCAGGCCAAAACAUGACAUGAAUGCUUGGACCAAUAUAGACGCCAACUUAUUUUUACACUAGCUCCUUCUGUGGCCCAUUAAACGGAUUGCCAUGCACGUCAGAAAGUGCAGUUAUGAUAGAUAUUAAUUUGGGCAGUAGGAAAUGAACAGCAUUGCUCCCCAAAUGAUACAGAACAAAGACGAUGCAUUCAGAGUAGCCACCUACAAGGUUACACCCACCGCUGCAUUGUGCAGGUCUUUGUUCCCCCAUAAUCAAACGCAUUGAUACACUGUCAAUUUGACAAGGUUCAUCUGUAUAACACCAUGCUUUGUUUGACUAGGUCUAAUAGAGAUCUCUACCGUGGAGAGAGGAGUGAUAAGUAUGUAUGGAGUGAGAAGUGAGCUGUUUGUCGCAAUGAACAGCAGAGGAAGGUUGUAUGGAACGGUAGGUGUGCGCAAUUGUAGUUCCCUCUAUUGCUGGCAUGCUGUUUCCAAGAGAGAUGGAGAAAAACGCAAUGUGUUUGAGAUAAGCUAAGUGCUUUGUUAAUAUGAUAUUACAAAUUAUAUUUUGUUUUGUUAAGUAGAGCCUCUGUGUAAUUGUGUUCUCUGUGAAUCAAAUAUUAACUCACUGAUGGGGACAUUCAUGAGGCACGAAAUGAUUCCAUUGUAAAUUAUUCAUAAUUCCCAAUUGCCCAGGGUAUAACUUGUUUCAGUAUGGUCUUUCUGUAGCCUGUGUAGCAAAAUGGAAAGGGGUUUUGUAAACGAUAACAAAAAUAUAAUUAUAAUUGAAAUAUGAUCUGUUGAAUAAGACGAUAUAAAACGAUGCCUUUUGAACUUGUUAACACUAGCCUAAUAUUCUAUCAAUCAUUAUCUGAUUGCUUUUCUGGGAGUCUGAAGUUAUUUAUUGAAGGAAUCAAUCAACUUUCAAGGAAGGCCUACUAAUCUAAAGUGACGGUGCUUUAGCAUUUAUGAUAUUAAGAUUGAUUUUAUGGCCCAUUGUUGGAUGAACAUAUUACACCAUAUAGUAUAGUGUUGGCCGACUGCUGUAAAUUGGUCUGAAUUGGCAAACAUUUGGCUCUGACAUUUUAGCCUAUAAAACUGCACCCUGCUUUGGGCCUGCAGUCAAAGUUGGUUCAGUAUGAAGAUACCAUAUAACUUCAAUUAAAUGGAGUCUCAAAUAGCCGCCUGUUCCUUUUAAUAGCCGGGAAUCGUCACACAUUUCCGCAAAUAAACGCCUGUUUCAAAUAAACCCUGGAUCUAAAUGUAUUGUUUACAAGUGAACUUCAGUGCGUAUGGUAAAGACUGCGCAAUAGAAGAUACAGGAGAGCAACAUUAUUGCCAUGGAUGAGACAGCAGUGUGGUUUGACAUGGUCGCCUCAAUUACAGUGGAUACAGAGAGUGAGAGAAUUAUGCUGAAGCUGAAAUCGCGGUGUGUGUGAUAGGCAGCGUAGUCAUUUCAAGUCUGAUCUGCGAUGGAUGUGUUUUAAUGUUUAUGUCUGGUCACAAUAAACAGUGUGGUAGUCUUUUCAACAUUUCAUUGAGCAAUAGAUGCCUGGCUCAAAUAGAAGCAUGUCUCUAGUAAGCGCCAGUUGUGUUCAGUGAUUGAAGCAAAUAAACUGCCCUGGCUAUUAAUUUAAGUUUUACAGUAUGUAGAAACUGCAUCUCCAAUAGAAAUCCCCUAUCGCGCUUGUAGGUGAUGUCAUGGCAACGUUGGCUAGCUAAACCCAUGCGCAGAAACACAUAAUCGGGUCUAAAUGGUCGUUUGGUUCCGAACUGCGCAUGUGCAGGCCAUCAAAUCAAAGGCAUUCCUUUGAUAUAAAGUUGUUUUUGCCAAAAAUGAAAACAUGUAAGUGUCAAUCUAGGUUGUGCCUUUAGAUUUCGAGAAAAUUAACAACAUUGACUUCUCAAACCCCAAAUCUCGAUAUGUUCUGCGGAGUCUGCUUCACAAGGGUUCCCGGAAGUCUCGCGAUGUUGGGCCUCUAGGUUUAGAAACUGACUGAACUGAGUAGUAUUUAGCUGCAGUAACAUCCAAAUCUAUUGCUGUGGAGGAAAUCUACAACUUGCUGAAAUGUAUUUAAUGUGUUCAGCUUGACAAGACAUUGUAAAUCAGCAGGCAAUGAUUAAUCAUGACGUUGAGGAGGAAGGCGUAUCUGAACUCUUUUUAACCACAUUUAGUCCAGUUGUAUGUUUCCUCUGUAUUUGGAUUACUCUUGAAAUAGGUUAUUGUCUGUAUGUUUCUGUUAGUUUGGCAGAAAACAUAAUACUUGAAUCAUGAAAAAUGAUAUAAAAUAUUAUUACUAUAGAACUUGGCAAUUAUUGAAUAUGAAUGACUGUUUUACAACAGAAAUCUAGAGCAUGUGGUGUUUGAAGUUUAAAGUGGUCAUUUAAAGCCUGCAUGCAGUCUUUUUAAUUACACUUUUAAAUCAUCACUGUAUGUCUAAUAAAUUACUGUGUGUGCUUAGUUCAUGAAAAUAACUCCACAUGUAUUUUUUAUAAUUUAUUUCACUGAACCUCCUUUUGCCAUUGAAAUGUUGUCUGAUCAUGUAGGCGUGUUGAUACAAAUUUAAAUAUAUUUACAUACACCACCCUGAUUGGCGGAUAGGAUCGUCUAGACUCUAGAGCAGGACUGCCCAACCCUGUUCCUGGAGAGCUACCGCCCUGUAGGUUUUUGCUCCAACCCUAAUCUAGCACACCUGAUUCUAAUAAUUAGCAGGUUGAUAAGAUGAAUCAGGUUAGUAACACCUGGGGUUGGAGCGAAAACCUACAGGAGGGUAGCUCUCUAGGAACAGGGUUGGGCAACCCUGCUCUAGAGCCUACCCCACUUACCCCUUCCCAGUAGGAGGACACAUAUGCAAAUAAAAGAUGACCGGUCAUUGGUCAGAACAACUAGAUCAGAUUAUGAUGUCAUACUGUGGGCCAAAAACUCCAUCUCACCUUAACAGGCUGACAUUCCAGGCGUUUUAUUCCAAAAGCUUUUACGCUAAAAGGGCAUUAUCAUCAUUUUCACAAUUUCAGAGUGUUAUUUCAAACUCAUAGUUUGGAAACAUCAUAAAAAAAACUGGAAAUUAGGUUUUUGACUGCACUGCCCCUUUAAUAAUGAGCAAAAUAUCAUCCAUCUCAAAUGUUCCCCAACAGCAUUUGUCUACUGCACUGUGUCAUGUGGUCUGGUGCAGCAAGAGGAAGUAUGCCAUCCAUCUAAGCUUUUGCCAAAGGAAAGGUCAUCUUAAAAGCACACUUGUAGUGUGAUGUUCAUCCUGUGGUCCUCCUCACGUGACCUUUUUGUUGACCCUGUCUCUCCAUUUGCCAUUUUUAGAAAUUCUUCCGGGAUGAGUGCAAGUUCAAGGAGACCUUGCUGCCAAACAACUACAAUGCCUACGAGUCUUCGGUUUACAAGGGCUCCUACAUUGCCCUCAGCAAACAUGGCCGCGCAAAGAGAGGCAACAAGGCCACCACCGCCAUGACUGUCACACACUUCCUCCCCCGAUUAUUAUGA